AUGGCGUCCCUGGGCGGCCUCCACAGCCUCCUAGUCUGGCUUCUGCUUCUUCAACCCUGGCUCACGGAGGCCUCGGAGAAUGGGUCGGCUACGCCCUUGCCCCCUCCAGCUCCCUCGGGAGGCGGCAUGAAGAACCGCACGGCGGUCCAGCCACCCCCCGGCGGCACUUCAGAAGUCCCCAAGUUGGCGGAGUUUAGCUUAGCGUGCGGCCAAGUGUUCCUGAAAAUCUUGGGAGGACAGGACAGCGAGGAAGGGAAAUGGCCCUGGCAAGUGAGCCUGAGGGUCCGUGACAGACACGUGUGCGGAGCUUCCCUCGUCACAGAGAAGUGGGUGCUGACUGCGGCCCACUGUAUGUUAAGCCGUCGCCAGUACAGUGUCAUGAUGGGAGAUCGGGAUCUCCAGGGUGUAUUUUCAGGGUUGGUGGUCCCUGUUAGCCACGUCGUCAUUCACCCUCAGUUCUCAACAAGAGGAACCGUUAAAAAUGACGUUGCUCUUCUCCGGCUCCGCUACCCUGUAAAUUUCACUGGCCUUAUCCAGCCUAUAUGCAUCCCUGAGAAGACUUUCCAUGUGCAAGCUGGGACCAGGUGCUGGGUGACCGGAUGGGGAAGGAAGCAAGAAUUUGAAGGCCCACUUGUGUCAGAAGUUCUCCAGGAGGUUGACCAAUAUAUCAUGUACUAUGAAGAAUGUAAUGGGCUACUACAGAAGGCCCUACAAACAAACAAGGAUGUAGCACAAGAAGGAGUGAUCUGUGGCUAUAAUAGUAUAGGAAUGGAUUCUUGUCAGGGAGAUUCUGGGGGUCCCCUGGUCUGUGAAUUUAAUAAUUCAUGGGUCCAAGUGGGGAUCGUGAGCUGGGGCAUUGGCUGUGGUCGCAGCGGGUAUCCAGGAGUUUAUACAGAAGUGAGUUUCUACAAGGAUUGGCUCAUUGCUAGAGUGAGUCAGGCCUCUCAUACAUAUUCAAUGGGCUACCUCAGCCUGACUCUGUGUCUGGUGCUGCCUUGGAGCAUCCUGCUGACCCCAUGA